AUGACUCGUCCAAAAGGUCAAAAACGUUUUGCCGAAAUGAAACGAAUGAUUAAAUUAACUGAUGCAAGACUCAAAGCAAAAGAUCGUAUGAAACCAAAAAAUCAUGAUAAAAAACAAGAAAAGAAACACAUUGGUGAAAUUACUGAAAAACAAGUUGCACCAGUUACAUCAGCACUGUUCUUCAGAUAUAAUACACAACUCGGUCCUCCAUAUCACAUAUUAGUCGAUACAAAUUUUAUUAAUUUUUCCAUCAAAGUUAAAUUAGAUAUCAUUCAAUCUAUGAUGGAUUGUCUUUAUGCGAAAUGUACUCCAUAUAUAACAGAUUGUGUAAUGGGUGAAAUUGAAAAAUUAGGUACAAAAUAUCGUGUAGCAUUACGUAUUGCAAAAGAUCCACGUUUUGAACGUUUACCAUGUUCACAUAAAGGUACAUAUGCUGAUGAUUGUAUUGUACAACGUGUUACACAACAUAAAUGUUAUAUUGUGGCAACAUGUGAUCGUGAAUUAAAACGACGUAUAAGAAAAAUUCCUGGUGUACCAAUUAUGUAUUUACAUGGUCAUCGUUACACUAUUGAACGUAUGCCAGAUGCACAUGGAGCACCGAGAGUAUAA